GCGGGAGCGCUGACCGCCAGCCGCCUCCGAACUAUUUCCUGUUGCUGCAGCGUUAAUGCUAAACAGACCUUGCUCUCUCUUCCCUCGCUCCAGCCAAAGUGCAGCGGCUCUGCCGCCCGCCGCCUUCCCGCCCCGGUGCCCAGCAUGUGCCGCCCCUGGAGCCGCUGAGAACCGCCAGGCACAGGAUGGAGAGUCGCCGGAGGGACAUGGAGCUGCUCAGCAACAGCAUGGCCGCGUACGCGCACAUCCGAGCCAACCCCGAGAGCUUCGGGCUCUACUUCGUGCUGGGCGUCUGCUUCGGGCUGGUGCUCACGCUGUGCCUGCUGGUGCUGCGCUUGUCCUGCCGGCCCUCCCCGCGGCCCCCGGCGCGCCCCGGCGACAUCAGCGAGGACGACGAGGACGACGACGAGGACGAGGACGAAGAGGACACCGUCGACCGCGCGGCGUCUGAGUCGCUGCUGCCGGUGACCGAGAUCCCGCUGGAGAGCCACGGCCCCGGGGACGGAGCGCUGGCCGUGAACGUGUUCGCGUCGGCCGAGGAGCUGGAGCGGGCGCAGCGGCUGGAGGAGCGGGAGCGCAUCAUCCGCGAGAUCUGGCGCAACGGGCAGCCCGACAUCCUGGGAUCCGGCACCAUCGGCACCCUGGGCCGCGUCCACUACUACUGAGCCCGGCAGCUGCCCUGGCACGGUGCCUGUUCCCCCACGGCUGAUCCCACACCGUGCCAGGAGGGACCAGGCGGACAGGGGAGCUGCUCGCUGCCCCUGAGCUGGCGCAGCUGCCUUGGACUGUCCCUGCACCACGGAGAGCCAGACCCUGGUGUCACGGGCGCUCCUGGGGCUGGACUCGCCCCUGCCACUGCGGGACACGAUGCACUUUGAGCCAUUGGUACGACGGCUGGCACCAGCCGAGCAGCCCCGGGACACGCGGGGACAGGGACAAGGACAGCCGAGAUCUGGCGGGGGUUUCACCCGUGUGAGCCGUGGGCUCCUGCCCCACAAACAUGGUGCUGUUGUACACGAACUAGAGCCCGGCGUGGCGGGUCCGGCGUUCUGGGGGCCCUGGACCCCUCCCCGAGCCAAUUCCCUUCCCAGCCCCACUAAAAUUAGCCGGGUCUUUUCCGGCGCCGCCCGCCGUGACCCCGCGCCCUGCGGCCGGAGCAAGGCGGAUGUUCCCGCUGGACUCUGGGCCGGCCGCUGCUCCCCAGGGAUGCGGCAGCUCCCGCCGGGCUCGGCCGCAUCCUGUCCCAUCCCAGCCCAGCCCCGCGGGGUGCCGGGCCCCGCUGUCCCCUCCCCGGCAGAUUUAUAAAAAUAGCUCCUUCCCAGGCUGGUUCCCCCCUGCCGCCAGCGCCAGCAGGAUCCAGAUGUUUUCCAGAUGUUCUCCAGUGGCUGGAGGCCAGGAUGUGCUGGGGCUGGGACUGGAGCUGGCCUGGGAAACUGUGCGGGGGUGAAGGAGGAGGAGGGGGAGGUGGAAGGGGAGGAGGCCCUGCCCCAACCCUGCCAUGGGCCCUGGAGGGACCCCUUGGGCCAUGGUGGGACCGUUUGUACCUGACAGGACCAGCCCAACCCUUCAGGGGCAUGGCAGCCAUGAGCAACCCCCACACAGCAAGCACUUUGUACCCAAAAUAGUUUAUUUUAAACGAUUUCUAUAGUUCAUGGGGCUGUUAU